GGGCGCCCGUCCGCUCUGAGCGCCCCGGGCCACCCGCGGAGGCCAUGGCGGAGGACUGCCAGCCCCGCCGGCCGUCGGAGGACGAGGACGAGGAGCGGGAGCCGCUGCUGCCGCGGGUCGCCUGGGCCCAGCCGCGGAGGGGCGCGCCCGGGAGCGCCAUGCGGCUGCAGGGGGACCAGGGCGCGGCCGCGCCCCGCGAGCCCGCCGCCGAGCCGCCCCUAGCGUCCGGGGACGCGUCCGCCUCCACGAGUCUGUCCAUCGAGCUGGACCGCGCCCGCAUCGCGGGCUCAGAGAUAAACACAUUCUUGGAAGAUCCUGAGUUUGCUGAUAUUAUACUGAGAGCAGAGCAAGCAAUAGAAACUGGAAUUUUCCCAGAAAGAAUCUCCCAAGGGUCCAGUGGAAGUUACUUUGUGAAGGAUUCUAAAAGGAAUAUUGUCGGCGUCUUUAAACCCAAAUCAGAGGAGCCUUACGGCCAGCUCAACCCAAAGUGGACCAAGUAUGUCCAUAAGGUUUGCUGUCCCUGCUGCUUUGGCCGAGGCUGCCUGCUUCCCAACCAGGGGUACCUUUCCGAAGCUGGCGCCUACUUGGUGGAUGCAAAGCUUCAGCUGGGCGUUGUACCUAAAACAAAGGUGGUUUGGCUUGUCAGUGAGACAUUCAACUACAGUGCGAUUGACCGUGCAAAAUCAAGAGGCAAGAAGUAUGCCUUAGAGAUAGUGCCAAAAGUAGGUAGAAAGUUCCAUCGGAUAGGACUUCCUCCUAAGAUUGGUUCCUUUCAGCUGUUUGUGGAAGAUUACAAGGAGGCCGAGUAUUGGCUUAGGAGGUUUGAAGCUGAGCCUCUGCCUGAAAACAUUAGGAAACAAUUUCAGUCACAGUUUGAAAGAUUAGUGAUUUUGGAUUACAUCAUCAGAAACACAGACAGGGGAAAUGAUAAUUGGCUAAUCAAAUAUGAAAAGACAAAAUAUUCAAAGAAAACUGAAAAUGAGGAAUCAAACUGGAUUGAUGAUAAAGAAUUGCUCAUUAAAAUAGCUGCAAUUGAUAAUGGCCUAGCGUUUCCUUUUAAGCACCCGGAUGAAUGGAGAGCUUAUCCGUUUCACUGGGCUUGGCUUCCUCAAGCUAAAGUUCCUUUUUCUGAAGAAAUCCGAAACUUGAUUCUCCCCUAUAUUUCCGACAUGAACUUUGUGCAGGAUUUGUGUGAAGAUCUUUAUGAACUCUUUAAGACUGACAAAGGAUUUGACAAAGCUGCUUUUGAAAGUCAGAUGUCUGUGAUGAGAGGCCAGAUCUUAAAUCUCACCCAGGCCCUGAGGGACGGGAAGAGCCCCGUGCAGCUGGUGCAGAUGCCCUGUGUGAUCGUGGAGUGCAGCAGAAGCGGCGGCCAGGGCCGGGUUGUACACCUGGGCAGCUCCUUCACCCAGACGGUCCACUGCAGGAAGCCGUUCUUUUCCUCCUGGUAGCAGAUGUAGGGGGGACAGCUGUGUGGUGUUACUGUGCUGAUAAAAUAUUACCCUGAUGUCAGUCUCCUCCUGAGAGCACCAGUUGCCAAAACCUCAAAUAACUCAAGUCUUUAAAUAGAUACAAAAUAAUACUAUAUUUUGAAUGCAAUCAAAA